UACACGUCGCUGAGAAAGUGAGAAAUGAGAAUGCGCCGAUCUCCGGUUUAGCAUAUUUAAGGAUUUUACAUUUACAUGACAAAACAUUAAAACAAGAUAUGCCAUGUCAUGGUAUUUUACAGUAUUUGUUAGGAGCUGAUGCUUGCUGCGUAUUAGCAACAUGCUAUGCAUCUAUAAUAGUAUUGUUUGUAUUCUUUAAAAGUUUUUUUAGUCUUAGGUGUGAUUAGUUUUACUCCUUUACAGUAAGUGUAAUUUAAUUGUUAAUAACAACUCAAUUAACAUGGCUAAUGAAGUAUACAUUGUAUCUGCUGUUCGUACACCGAUAGGCUUGUUUGGCGGUUCAUUGUCGUCUCUGAAAGCUCAUCAAUUAGGCAGUAUAGUGAUUUCAGAAGUACUUAAAAGAGUCAAUGUCAAAACAAAUGAUGUAUCGGAAGUUAUUCUUGGACAGGCUCUUACAGCUGGACAAGGUCAAAAUCCAGCUAGACAAGCUUCGAUAAAUGCUGGAAUUCCAUUCACUGUACCUGCUCAUGUCAUCAACAUGCUCUGUGGAUCUGGGCUGAAGGCUGUGGUUCUUGGAUACCAGGCAAUCAAAUGUGGAGAUUCUUCAAUUGUCAUUGCAGGUGGCCAAGAAAGCAUGAGCAACGCUCCUCAUGUCGUCAAUAUACGAUCAGGGAUUAAAAUGGGUAACACAGAAUUGACAGAUACAAUGCUAUGUGAUGGACUCACUGAUGCAUUUGACAACAUACAUAUGGGCAUGACUGCUGAAAAUAUUGCUGAAAAUUAUGAUAUUUCGAGGAAACUUCAAGAUAAUUAUGCUUUUGAGUCUCAGAAACGAACCAAAGAAGCUCAAAAUAAUGGUUACUUCAAAGAUGAAAUAACACCAGUUGAGGUGAAAAUACGGCGGAAUACUAUCAUAUUUGACAAAGAUGAAUAUCCAAAAAAUGAUACUUCUCUAGAUUCAUUAGCUACAUUGAGGCCUGUUUUUAAAUUGAAUGGUGGUGUAGUUACGGCUGGAAAUGCAUCAGGAAUAAACGAUGGUGCUGCAGUAGUACUUCUGAUGAACGGAGAGGAAUGCAAAAAACGAGGUUGUACUCCAUUGGCUAAAAUUGUGGCUCAUGCUGAGUGCGGGGUUGAUCCAAAAAUUAUGGGCACUGGACCAAUACCUGCUGUGCUGAAGACGAUUGAAAAAGCUGGUUGGACUAUGGCUAGUGUUGAUAUUUUUGAACUAAAUGAAGCAUUUGCUGCACAAUCAAUAGCUGUAGUGCGUGAAUUAGGAUUAAAUUCAGAUAGAGUGAAUAUCAAUGGAGGUGCUAUUGCAUUGGGUCAUCCCAUUGGAGCGUCGGGUGCUCGAGUAUUGGUAACGCUGGUGCACAUCUUGUCGAGAACCGGCAAAAAAAGAGGCAUAGCAUCAUUGUGUAUUGGUGGAGGUAUGGGUAUUGCUAUGGCCAUCGAGACAUUUUAAUCAUUGAAUACUUAUUAUUCAAUUUACAAGAGGACAUCAAAUUGGUUAAUAGCUCUAUGAUCAAAGUUCAGAAUUGUUAUUAAUUGCUGAUAUUUUUUGCAGGUUGAUU